AUGGUGAACGUCAUUCGGGACAACAUGCUCCCAGGUCUUGACCAGCUCCUUGCAAGCACAAAGUCCGCCACCUGUAGCGUUCGUGACCUUCGAUGGUUCGACGGUAUUCAACUAGAGCACAUUGACAUUAGCCAUGAUUGGGAAGAAGAAGAGGACCCACAGCUCUGUAAACCUAUUCACAAGUUAUAAACCGCUGAAUUCGAAAUUUUAGAUCUUCCAAUGCUGUUAUUUAUCAAAACAAAAAAGAUUAUCGCAGGAAAAUGCUUGCCAAUCCACUUGUUCCACAGUACACAGUAGGUUUUAUUAAACAAUACUCGCUUUGAGAAUGACCCUUGUCUGUUUCAGUCUUCCAAUUCAAGAGGCAACAAAAAUAUUGUCCUGCAGCUUGGAGCCCGAUAUUGAUCAGACUGCAGAGCCAUUUUACACAGAGAUUUUUCGGGAGAUGCACAGAUGUUUGCCCAAUUUGGAACACUUGACUAUAACGGAUGUCGAUAUAUAUAUUCGCACAACAAACCCUGAGGAUCAUUUUGGAUAUCGAGUCCAAAAAAUGUCAGAGGUGGGCUACAGAAAAAUCGUAUCCGUUUAACUCUAUUUUUUUGCUAUUUAUAUGGUGUAACAAGACAAUAUCGCAUAUCUGUAUAUAUCGCAUAUAAAAGAAUGCGAUUUCUUUCUAAGCCUUCUAAUAUAUUUUGACGCUAUUCCUCACAAAUUAGCUCUUAUUUUUCAGCCGUACAUUCGCGCCGUGACCAAAGCCGCCUGGCAUCUUCGACAGAUCAUUGAACAUGCUCAUAUUCGCACUUUUAUCAACAUAACCUUUGAAGUCUCCUGUACCUUUUACAUGGAAUCAUGUGCCGAACUAUUUUUCUCGUUGAUCCCAAAAAUUCGAUGCUUUGAAAGCGAAUAUGAUCGAGAAACAGACCGAUUUAUCAAGCAGAUCUACUUUGAUGAUGACCGUGUUCGGAUAAACCUGGUGAUUAUGCUGUAA